AUAAUGUCCUAGUUAGACACAGGACCUGCUGGGCCACAGAAAGGAGGCUCUGGGUAGAUGCACUAGAUUACUGGAUAAAUCACUUCAAUUUCCCAAUGAAUUUUAUAUUGUUUAUUUUUAUACCUGGAGUUUUUCCCUUAAAAAGUAGCACUUUGAAGCCUACUAUUGAAGCAUUGCCUAAUGUGAUGCCUUUAAAUGAAGAUGCUAAUAAGCCGGAAGAAAAGAAUGAAGAUCAUACUCACAAUUAUGCUCCUGCUAAUGAGAAAAAUGGCAAUUAUUAUAAAGAUAUAAAACAAUAUGUGUUCACAACACAAAAUCCAAAUGGCACUGAGUCUGAAAUAUCUGUGAGAGCCACAACUGACCUGAAUUUUGCUCUCAAAAACUAUAAAACUGUCAAUGCAGCUACAUAUGAAAAAUCCACCAGUGAAGAAGAAACAACGACUAACGAACCCUCUCAUAAAAAUAUUCAAAGAUCAACCCCAAACGUGCCUGCAUUUUGGACAAUGUUAGCUAAAGCUAUAAAUGGAACAACGGUGGUCAUGGAUGAUAAAGAUCAAUUAUUUCACCCAAUUCCAGAGUCUGAUGUGAAUGCUACACAGGGAGAAAAUCAGCCAGAUCUAGAGGAUCUGAAGAUCAAAUUAAUGCUGGGAAUCUCACUGAUGACCCUCCUCCUCUUUGUGGUCCUCUUGGCAUUCUGUAGUGCUACACUGUACAAACUGAGGCAUCUGAGUUAUAAAAGUUGUGAGAGUCAAUACUCCGUCAACCCAGAGCUGGCCACGAUGUCUUACUUUCAUCCAUCAGAAGGUGUUUCAGAUACAUCCUUUUCCAAGAGUGCAGAGAGCAGCACAUUUUUGGGUACCACUUCUUCAGAUAUGAGAAGAUCAGGCACAAGAAAAUCAGAAUCUAAGAUAAUGACAGAUAUCAUUUCCGUAGGCUCAGAUGAUGAGAUGCAUGUAAACGAUGAGUCAGUUACCCGGUGAAGAAAUCAAGGAACCCGGUGAAGAAAUCAUACUGAUGAAUAAAUAACUUUAAUUAUUUUGUCAUCAAAAGACCUU